CAAAUUUGCAGCGACCAAGACGACAAAAAGACAGAAACCAUCUGUCCUGUCGCCUGUGUGAAGCAGGCAUGGCUAGUCUAGCACUUCAGUCAAGCGCUUCUAUAUCUCGCAGCAUCGUCACUCGUGUCGCAUCCAUCUGCUUCGACCGGCGGCCAACAGCAAGAGAUCCAUUGACACAAAGACAUGCGAGACCCGCUUCUCUCGCGGCAGCACUCGCCCUCGGCAUCUCUACAACGAUUCUACACGACCUGUGGGAUUCUGUCCUUCGCGCAGUCCCCAAGAAAAAGACGACACAUAGCAAGACGCGCAUGCGAUCAGCUACAAAAGGGCUGAAGGAUAAACUCAACAUCAACAACUGCUCGGCGUGUGGACAACCUAAACUGGCGAAUACAUUGUGCGGAUCUUGUUAUCGGGAGGUACGGCAUCGUUGGGCCAAAGAAGCUUCAGGCGCCGCGGGAAUAGGGUCGGCGUAGUGCCAGUCAGUCUUGACACGGCAGUGUGAGACACAGUUCACUUGAUGUGUGUCGAGAGGAACACAGAGGCGAAAGACAAUGAUACGCUAUGCAUGCUGAUGGAAGCUUCGUAGCAGCUUCAAAACAAGGUCUAUCUGUUAGUCAAUUGAAACUGAAUAAAGACAAUCCUU